AUGGUCUUCAAAAUGAAGGAUACACCCGAUUCUUUUGUGAAUCUGCGGUUUUUGGAGAGCAACCCUUGCAUGUACCGUGCUCUCCAAAAAUGUACCACAGAAAUCACGCAGAAAGAGCAAACGCUUUUCCAACGAUUAGCGUUGCACGAAGAUGAUGAAGGAAACGGUCGAAAUGGAGAGCAACCAGCAUCGUUUGGAAUCGUUAUGUAUGAGGAAGAAACGGCUUGGACUCUUCCAGACAAAAAUAAUGAAGAGCGGAUGACUGCGGGAGGGCAGCAGCCUGGGCCUGCGAAUGAAAAGUUUGAGGUGCCGGCUGCUUUAAUGGAGAUGGAGGUCCAGGAGGAACCGGAGGAGGAAAGAGUGCUAAGAAAUAGGACGAUUAUUAUUCCGGUUCCCGCAACUUCAAGGCCCGUCAAGUCGGCUGUGCAAGUCUUCCACGUCAAAAGUGUGGAAGUACUUUUGGGUCAUUCUAAGCAGAAAUUAGAGAAACCGAACGACAGCGUUUACGAAGAGGAAAUUAAUGAAAAUCAGAUUUCCUCGAUCGUCUGCAGCAUCUGUUUGCACCUUUUCGAGAUGCUUAAAGGUUGGUUCAUCUAUGCUUCAAGGAUGCAUAGACGAGAUGGCUUCUGCCCUGUAUGCGGCUAUUAUUCAGUCCUCCCCGCCACUUUGCCAUUUACUCGGAAACAAACUGUUGUGAAGGUGCAUGUUCUCGACUGGUGCCCAGGGGCACAUCAGUCGAUUACCAAUGAGAAGAAAAUGAGGCGCAAGAGAUUGGUGAUAGCAAGGAAGAAUAAACUGGCCAAAUAUGUUAAUUAUCAUCUAAGAAAGUUCAUUACUACUUUCUAG